AUGACUCGAUGUGUUGGCCUUGCCGAUAACCUUCUAGUAGUGCCUCCUGUCUCCAACCACGAUUCUCUGCGCAGAAGAGAAGCUCAAUACCUCGGAGGAGUGAAAUUAGAAGACUCGGGAUCUAUUGUGGGAUAUCCAACACUGAGCGGACUUUCACUCCAAAGUGCUUUGCCAGUUGCAUCCGCCGUAGCUUUCUCAUCAAUACCACCGUUGAUAUACCUUACGAGAGAUACUGUAAGAGCAUCAGCGACAGCAUCAUCCGUCACAACUCCUGUUGAGUCGGCUCGAACAACAUACAAUACUGCCCCGGAAUUCAUCACGACCAGUCCUCUUCUUUUUACCGGCGAUGGCCUCAAAGUGCUACCUAGUAUAUUUUUCCUAUUCUCAGCUGCAAUUUCAGGAUUAUACUUGGCGGUUUGA